AGGAGCGUUAUGGACUGGAAUAUGAAAGCAGCUUCAUGGGAUUUGGCUGAAUUAGACGAAGCAACAGGCUUGCCUAGCAUAGAAACAAUUGAUGGGUCCAGCAGAUUUCGAAGUGAUAGAAGCAAAGGGGAAUUUUCUGUGGUGAAGCUUGGUCAGGUGGGGAAUUCUAGUAGUAGUAAUGAACCAGCAGUGGCCAAGUGGAAAGAUGUUGGGGGAGUCUCCAAAGUGAUGACAUCAUCUUCAUCGUCUUCCUCAGGAUCAUCUAAGAGAGCUCGAGCAAUUAACAAUGGAACCCAACCAGUGUCAUGCCUUGUGGAUGGGUGCAAUUCAGAUCUCAGUAAUUGCAGGGACUAUCACAGGCGCCACAAGGUCUGCGAACUCCAUUCCAAGACCCCAGUGGUCACAAUUGGCGGCCACAAGCAAAGGUUCUGUCAACAGUGUAGCAGGUUUCAUUCGCUGGAGGAAUUUGAUGAAGGGAAAAGGAGUUGCAGGAAGCGUUUAGAUGGACACAACCGACGGAGGAGGAAGCCGCAGGCAGAAGGGGUUGGGAGAUCUGGAAGCUUUUUGUCGAAUUACCAAGGAACUCACUUGUUGCCCUUCUCAAGCUCCCACGUGUAUCCUUCCACUGCUAUGGCUCACCCUGCUGCUUGGAACGCAGAAGUUAGGCUCCACCACAACCCUCAUCAUCAACUCCAUCACUUAAUUGAUCAUAAACAGGACCUCUUUCUGGGAUCUUCAUCGUCGUCCUAUUCAGAAGCAAGUAAUAAUGAUAACAGCAUUAAUACUAACAAGCAGCAGCUAGCUUGCUUGCAAGGUGACAACUCAGCAUCAAUGGAGAACAACCAGAGUAACAAUCAGCAAGCUCUACCACCACCUGCUUCUGUGUGUCCAACGUUUCUGAGACCCACACCAUUGCCGGCAGCUCCACUUUACGGCGGGGACCACCAUGACUCUCACUGUGCUCUCUCUCUCUGUCAUCCCCACAGACGAGGCACACAAGUGGGAAUGGUUUGAGCCAAGUGGUGCAGUCUCAUCAGCAUCAACAAGCCAUGUCGAUUCUGCAGCAGCAGCAGAACCAACCCUUGGGACUGAGCCUGCACGAUCAUAGCCUGGAGGCGAUGGACCCGGUCUUGGGUCACCAUUGUCCGACCAUGUAUA